UUUGUGAGUUGAUUCCAUUUUCCUUUUUAUUGUGUUAAUUACGUUAAGCCUACCAACUGGCUCCUAAAAGUAUGUCCCGUUAUUCACGGCCACCUAAUUCAUCGUUAUUUGUUCGGAAUGUACCGGACAGCGCGAGGCCUGAGGAAUUGCGCCGAUUGUUUGGAAAAUAUGGACCCAUAACAGAUGUUUAUAUUCCUUUAGAUUAUUACAAUCGAAGACCUCGUGGUUUCGCCUAUGUACAAUUUGAAGAUAUUCGGGACGCCGAAGAAGCUCUCAAUGAACUGGACCGAAUGCGCUUUUAUGGUCGUGAAUUGGAAAUCGAAUUUGCUCAAGGAGAUCGUAAGACACCUCAAGAAAUGAGAGGUAAAGAAAGGCGAGGUUCUCGUCGUUCACCCCAUCGUGGAGGAUCCAGUCGUUAUGAUGAUCAUCGUCGUCGAGGCCGCUCAAGAAGUCGUUCACCAUAUUACAGAGACCGCAGCCCUGGAUACCGGAAGAGACGAUUUUCUGGAAGCCGAUCUCGUUCCCGCUCACGAUCUCGCUCCAAGGAAAGGUACCACAGAAGUGUUUCACCGCAUAGUGAUGCAUAGGUCCUCCUCCUUCCUGCGUUAAGUUGGACAUUUUUAAAAGCUAGGCUUCUUUGUUUUCAUAGUUAUCAUUUGAUUGUAUAAAUGCCAUUUAUUAUCUCUUAAUCAUUCUCUGUAUUAUCUAUGUACCAUGAAUAAAUCUUUCUUUGCGUAACUAUAAA